GUUUUGUACGAGUCGCUUAUUCGGCUCCUUCGACGUCGUUCCCUUCCUGUCGGAUCGGAAGUCACGACAUUUCGACGGCGUUCUUCAUGUUGGAUCGGAAGUAACGACGGGAGCUCGCUCUCUGUAAAGGCAUUAUCUUUGUCCCUCUCGCGCGCUUCUUCGGCCGAAUCCGGUAAAUCCACUGAAUUCCAGGAUUUAGUAAAUCUGGAAUUUACGGCAAAAAGAGGGAAACGGUGGAUUUAUUCUGCCGUGAGAUUGACCGGUUGCUGAAAUCCCGUUCGGUAGGAUUUAGCAUAAAUACUGCAUAAAUCCUGAUUUUGGAGCUGAAAUGGGGAAGAAGAAGAAGGUAAUUCUUCCACCGCAGCUUCCGCCGGAUAUCCCAGAUGAAGAAAUUGAGGUUUCUGAGGAGGAUUUAGAUUUUGUGAACAAAAAUAUUGAAUACGCUGGCUUCCUCUCAAAGCUUGACACUAAUUUGAUUAACAGGCAUGUCACUCGAGUUGCUGAUUACAAGGAAGACGAGCUAGAAGCACUUUAUGAGAAGAAGAAAAAGAAAGCAUCUUUGAAGAAAUCGAAGGAGGAAGAGGGCCUUCAAGUAGACCGAGUGGAUGCUCUGCCCAUCAAAACUUUAGAAGGAGAGUUGUGUUACAGAACAGUGGAGUCGAAUAUUGCACAUAAGGAAAAUGGGUCUGCAUCCGAGGUCAAAGAUACUGAUAGUGAUAAAGGUUUGGUGAAGCUUACAAAAGCACAGCGAAGGCAAAAAUUGAAGAAAAGUAAAAAGGAGGCUAAAAGGCAAGCAAAGGAGGAAGUCAAAGAGACUGUUGCUGAAGGUCUACACUCAGAUGUGUUGGCUAAGGUGGAGGAGGAGCUUUCAGCCCAAGAUCUUUUUGCUAGAAAGAAGAUUAAGCUUGCAGAAGUAGGGAUGGCAUUGCUUGAGGAUCCUGAGUCAAAUAUUAAAUCUUUAAAAGAGUUGCUACAUAUCUGUAUUGACGAGGAUCAUAAUAUUAUUAAACUUGGGCUUAUGUCUCUAUUAGCUGUUUUCAAGGACAUUAUUCCUGGCUAUCGUAUUCGGCUGCCAACUGAAAAAGAGCUGGAGAUGAAAGUAUCAAAAGAUGUACAAAAGACACGUUUUUAUGAAUCUACCCUUCUAAAUUCAUACAAGGCUUACCUUCUAAAGUUGAUGGCCUUCGAGAAAGAUCUCUCUUUUCAUUGCAUUGCAGUAAGGUGCAUGUGUAUUUUGUUAGAUGCGGUGCCACACUUCAACUUUCGUGAGAAUUUAGUUGCUGCUGUUGUCAGGAAUAUAAGCUCUUCAGAUGAUGUCGUAAGGAAGUUAUGUUGUGAAACUAUAAGAUCUGUAUUUACCAACGAGGGAAAGCAUGGCGGCCUAGUUACAUUUGAAGCUGUUCGGUUGAUUGCAGAGCUUGUAAAGGCCCAUGAUUGCCAGCUCCAUCCAGACAGCAUAGAAGUAUUUUUGUCAUUGGUUUUCGAUGAAGAUCUUGGUAAAUCUGAGCCGAAGGAAGAGAAAAAGGAAAAAAUAUCAAAAAAGAAAAAGCGAAAGCAACGUCUUGAGCAAUCAAAUCAACUUCUAGUGAGUGAAGGUAAGAGGAGGAAGCAUGAAUUAAUGACAAAGACAAGAGAAGAGUUAAGUGCAGAUUUGAAGUCGGUGUCAUUUGCUCCUGAUAGUGAUGAACGGCGAAGGACACAAUCUGAAAUACUGUCCGCUGUUUUUGGGACAUACUUUCGCAUUCUAAAGCAUUGUAUGAAUACUUCUUUUCAAAGGCCUAUGAUGAAUGAUAUUUCUUCAUCCAUUGGCCUAGGCCAUCAUCCUCUGCUUGGUCCAUGCUUGAUGGGCUUGGGGAAGUUCUCACAUUUGAUCGAUUUGGAUUUUAUGGGUGAUUUAAUGCAUUGCCUGAAAAAGCUUGCUGGACACAGUGACUCUGACAAUGAUAAUCCUUCAGUUAGUCUGACAGUUUCCGAGAAACUCCAAUGCUGCAUUGUUGCAUUUAGGGUGAUGAGGAACAAUCUUGAUGCACUUAAUGUAGAUCUUCAGGAGUUUUAUGUUCAGCUCUAUAAUCUGCUACUGGAGUAUAGGCCUUUCAGAGAUCGCGGUGAUGUUCUGGCUGAAGCUCUUAAGACCAUGCUUUGGGAAGGAAAACAACAUGAUAUGCAGAGAGCAGCUGCUUUUGUAAAACGUCUAGCCACAUUUGCUUUGAGUUUUGGUUCGUCUGAGGGCAUGGCAGCCUUGGUAACACUAAAAUAUCUUCUCCUAAGAAAUAGCAAGUGCCGUAAUUUGCUGGAGAACGACCCUGGCGGUGGUUCACUCUCUGGUUUAGUUGUGAAAUACAACGCUGAUGCUACAGAUCCACAUUUAAGUGGGGCUCUUGCCUCGGUUCUCUGGGAACUUAGCCUCCUUUCUAAGCAUUAUAAUCCUUCCAUAUCAGGAAUGGCUUCAAGCAUUUCAAGUAUGGCCAGUAUGAAUCCCUUGCAGACUCAAGCUUACCUUUCCACUGUUUCUCCAUUAAAGGCCUUUGAAGACUUAACAAUUGAACGAGAGCUUCUCAAAGCAGUCAAUAGGAAAUCAUCUUUUAAUAAAAAAGGUAAAAGAGGAAGUGAGUUUGUUAUAAUGGAUGCUGAGAAAGUUCGAAGCUUAGAAAGUGAAAUGGAUGAAGAUGUUAUCGAAAGGAAGUUUGAAGAGCAUUUUAUAGUGCUUAGAGACAUUGAAGAGAAUGAGAAGCUAAGGUUGGAGCUCAAUAAAACAACUUCGGCUUUAAGGUUAUAUGAAGAAUAUAAGCAGCAUAGGAAGCUAAAGCAAAAGAGAAAGCAAAAGAAGCAGAUCGGUGGUUAAAGCUUCGUUUGGUAUGACUUUCUUAUUGCUUCUUAAAGCAGAUUUUUAGUUCAAGAUUUUUAUUUUUUUUAUUAAAAAGUUGCUUUAAGAAACAAUAAGAAAGCCGUCUCAAAUGAAGCCUAAGUCUUUUGUUUGUUUUGAUCAUUUGCUUAAGAGACAGCAUCAAUCUGCUAGUUUUGCAUCAAGCUGGAAUUUUGUAUUAUUUAUUCUGAGUAUCUUCCAAUAUUUAUGAUCUACGGAGAUGGCUAACCAUUUCUGUUACUUGUAUUCAUAUUAUUUUAAGUGCAUGUGCUAUGUAGGUAAAUUAUUUAUUAUGAAAUUGUUGGCUUGAAUGAUUUUUUUAUAAGUAAA